CUCUCUGCCUGUGUGCAGGGUGUUUUCUUUGUUCCAAUGGCGUGUGGAGAAAGCGGGGGCAGUAAGAUUUUACUAUGUUUAGGAAUUUUAGUGGUUGCUAGUUCAUUUUGCCAUUGCACAAGACUGACAAGGCUUAAAGCAUUGGAUAGAUUAAGAGGAAACUCGACCCUUAGCAAAGAUCAAGCUGAAGGAGGUGAUCUGCGCCAUGGAAGACUCUUAAUUGGGCAAAAUUCAUUGCAAGCUGAUGAACUCAAAGGAACAAAGGCCACUGAAAACGUUCUGGAUGUUGAUACAGAUUACCAAGAAGACAUGGGUUGGGGGGAGCCCCAGCAACCUAAAGGACAGGUUAGUGGCGUUUCAAGGCCAAAUUCAGAGACAGACAGCGCAGUAGUGGAACGACUCCUUAGAAUGGAACCAAAGGUUGAAUGCACAGGAGACUCCAUGAAGCUUCAGGUUCAAGAUGCUGCCUCUACCUGUGGAUCUCUGUUCUUUGUGGACAGAGGAAGUCGCAUGUCACCCCUGCCUCUGUCCAAGUUGCCAUCAAGCUGCGGAUACACUAUCAAGUCAACACAGAGAGAUUUGGUCUUGGUCGCACCUUACGAUGGUUGCUUUGUCGCUCUUGAGGAGGAUAGCUACAUUCUUCCAUUACGUUGGUGUGGGUUACCAGUGAGGAUGUCAUGCCCUUUGAAGAGGCAGUCUUCACCUAACCCUCCGAUGGUCACCUGCCACGCUGAGGGCAUGGUUGUGAAAACAACAUGGACGGUCUCUGUUGCUGACCUUAACUUAAAAUUGAAUGGCAACUGGGAGCCGCUGAUGAAGGCAUCAGCCAGAUGUGGGUUCAGUGUGGUUGUACAUCCUGAAGGUGUGGUCAUCUCUGUUCGCUAUGCACCCUGCCUAGAGAAAAAGGAUGGAAUGUACACCCUUGAAUUGGCUGGAGAUAGAGAAACCCAAAUUUCCUGUCCAUCACUGUCACCAGCUCAAACUGAACAGCCCAAAAAGCCUGUAAAAGGUUCAGUAACGCCAAGCAAAGUGGAGCAUCCCUCCCUCCCUUCUCCGAAAAAUCCAGCACAAUCUGUUCUCCAGGUGCCGAAGAUUCCAGAGCCAAAGGAUGUCUAUCAACCUCCAUUACCUUCCUACCCCAAUUUCUUUUACCCAUUUCCUAGAAAACCAAACACGAAUCCUGCACCUACUAUACAGCCAUCCCUACAAACUGUCCCUCCUGCAAAGCUGCCAGUGACUCCCAAGGGACAAGUGCCCCAACCAUUCAUUCCUUCACCAUUUUAUCCCUGGCCAGCCCAACCAGAAGUGCCUGUUGCGAGAGAGGGCAAAGAUAACCCAAUUAUUGCUCCAAUACUUCCUGAGCCCGAAGCCCCUCAGGGCCAAGUACACCAGCCAUUCUACCCCUACCCCUUCUACCCUCAGCCAGUUCCUGAAAAGCCAACUGCUGCUCCAAAACCUCCACAGCCUGAAGCCCCUCAGGGCCAAGUACAGCAGCCAUUCUACCCUCAGCCAAAGCCAGAAAAGCCAACUGCUGCUCCAAAACCUGAACCUGAAGCCCCUCAGGGCCAAGUACAGCAACCAUUCUACCCAUACCCCUUUCCCUUCUACCCUCAGCCAGAAAAGCCAACUACUGCUCCCAAACCUCCACAGCCUGAAGCCCCUCAGGGCCAAGUACAGCAACCAUUCUACCCCUACCCCUUUCCCUUCUACCCUCAGCCAGAGCCUGAAAAGCCAACUGCUGCUCCAAAACCUCCACAGCCUGAAGCCCCUCAGGGCCAAGUACAGCAACCAUUCUACCCCUACCCCUUCUACCCUCAGCCAGAGCCUGAAAAGCCAACUGCUGCUCCAAAACCUCCACAGCCUGAAGCCCCUCAGGGCCAAGUACAGCAGCCAUUCUACCCUCAGCCAGAAAAGCCAACUGCUGCUCCCAAACCUCCACAGCCUGAAGCCCCUCAGGGCCAAGUACAGCAGCCAUUCUACCCCUACCCCUUUCCCUUCUACCCCCAGCCAGAGCCAGAAAAGCCAACUGCUACUCCAAAACCUCCACAGCCUGAAGCCCCUCAGGGCCAAGUACAGCAACCAUUCUACCCCUACCCCUUCUACCGUCAGCCAGAGCCUGAAAAGCCAACUGCUGCUCCAAAACCUGAACCUGAAGCCCCUCUGGGCCAAGUACAGCAGCCAUUCUACCCUUGGCCAGAGCCUGAAAAGCCAACUGCUGCACCAGAGCCAGAAAAGUCAUCUGCUGCUCCAAAACAUCCACAGCCUGAAGCCCCUCAGGGUCAAGUACAGCAACCAUUCUACCCCUACCCCUUCCCCUUCUACCCUCAGCCAGAAAAGCCAACUACUGCUCCAAAACCUCCACAGCCUGAAGCUCCUCGGGGCCAAGUACACAAGCCAUUCUACCCCUUCUACCGUCAGCCAGCCCCUGAAUAUCAGCCAGCUGCUGUUCCAAAGCCCCCAGCAACAGAAACUCCUAAGGGACAAGAACAAAAACCUGCUUAUCCACAAGACCCUCAACCAGAGACUCCAUAUAUGCCACCUGUCUACUGCCCUCGGUUUUGCCCACCUGGAUUUUCUAAUUGCUGUCCACAAAUUGCUUUUCAUCAACAUCUCCAUCAAAUAGUUCCUGCUGGUAUUGGCAGUGAAAAUGCACCUUUACACUAUCCAUUACUGCCAUUCCUCCCUUCAAAGGUGUAUAAUGGGUUUGGCAAUGGCUUGAGUUCUGCUCCUCCUUCUCAAAUGCCAACUGAAGCUACCACAACUUCCACCUCUGCACCUACUUCAUCUCAGUCCCUUCCAUAUGGAAAUGAGAAGCAGCCACCAGAUGGCAACCCUGCUGUACUCAAUAUUCUCAGCAUGCCUAACAAUCCUGAGCAGCCAAUUUACCCUUAUAUUGUCCCAAACUCACUGUAUCCUAACUGGCCAUAUCUGCUGCAAAAUUCACAACACCAUCCACCAGCUCACUACAAUAUGCCCUCUAAACCACAGACUCCAGGAAGUGAACCAGUAAAUCCAUUGCUACAGUAUGAGCCACAUAACCUACAGCCACCAAAGCAGCAAAAUGGCCAACUACCGGCCAGUUUCAUGCCUUAUAAUGGUCAGUAUCUACAACAGCAGCAAAAUCAACCGACAGCGAAGGAACUACAACCAUCUAACCAAAUUCCCAGUGACUCUAAAGAGCCAAUGCCUCCUAAAGUCCAAAGUGAACUUGAUCCUCUUCUGAUCCCAUACUACAUGCUUCAAGAUGAUCAAUCAAAAACUCAGGACAAGUCAACAACCCCAAACCCCUUGCAGCCAUCUUGGAGUGCCUCAAGGAAAUCCCCUAAACCUGAACAGACUGUACACCCCUAUUCUGACCCAAAGAGUUAUGUGCUGCUACAGCAUGGCCCACCAGGUAGGGAGCCCAACAGGCUAAAUGAAUCUCCACUCCAUUUCAGAUACCCAGCUGGUGAUGCAGACUUCCUGGCACAAAAUCCUGCAAGGCAACACAGCGGUAAACCCCAACAUCCUGAGAAUUCAAAGCCCCCACAUGAAAAACCUCAACACCCCAAACAGCCAGGGAAGGAAAUAUCCAGUCCCUUCCCUAAUGUCAACUACAUGCCAAGGUCUGGUGAUAACUCGGAUGUACCAUUUUACUCUUUGAAUGGCCCUCAUUUUGCACCUUUGCCCCAGGACCCCUCUGUCAGCACAACACAUUUAAAUCCAAAAUUCAAAGGCUUCUGGAGGCCUAUGACACCCCUGGGCUCUGGCCAAAGGAUUCAACCUCUUGUUCCUGGAAAGUCAUUUAAACGAAGGAGCUCCACAGCUGACGACCAAGCAAAGGGACUGAACCAACCUAUUCAGAGAGAAGUUGGAAAUUGGAAGCCAUAAUGAGUUGCCUUCAAUGUGAAUAAACA